AUGAAUAGUUAUAAAUUCACGUUUCUACUUGCACUUUUUGUAUACACGUUACUAAUUGUUGCACUACAUGAAAAUGUAGUAGAUGCCUUGGCUAUUAAACGACAAUCCACAACCUGUGGGGAUCUUAAAGUAACUUACCCUACAGAAGGCCAAAAAUUCAAAAAAGGCCAAAAAAUCACGAUAAAAUUAGAAGCAGGCAAGUCGGGAGUCACCAAACUCGGAGCAGCUGACUUGUAUAAAACGAAUGGUCUCGUAUCCUCUCCAUGGAGUGGUACAUCCAAUUUCGACAGCUCUGGAAAAACGAGCCAAGAAAUUCCUUUAACGAUUCCUGAUGGUGCUGACGUUAAACUCGGGUCUGAUUCUACUGCGACCCAAUUCAUGAUUAAGGUUUGGACAACUGUUGCGAAUGGAUCACGUUGUACGGCAUUCAGGUUAGUCAGUGAAAUAAUUGGGAAUUCACGCUGA